AUAUGAGCUGCAUGAGACAUCUGAAUGGGUAUCCCUGCCGGCUGCUCUCCUCGUGUUUGUUGACAAUCGAAAAUACGAGAUUGAAGAUAUAAAUUUGCACUGACUGCCUCGUAACAUGGAGUGGAAACCAAUGGAGAUCAACCCUGAGAUGCUGAAUAAAGUGCUGAGCAAACUGGGCGUGGGGUCUAGCUGGCGCUUCGUGGACGUACUCGGUCUAGAGGACGAGCUUUUAUCUUCAGUGCCGUCGCCGUCUUGCGCUGUGAUGCUGCUGUUCCCCUUAACUCAACAGCAUGAAGCUUUCCGAGAGAAGCAGGCUGUAGACAAGGCUUCUGAUGUGUACUUCCUAAAGCAGACUGUGGUGAACUCUUGUGGUACUGUAGGUCUACUGCACGCUGUUGCCAACAACCAGGAUAAAAUGGAGUUUGACAGUGACUCUGCCAUAAAGAAGUUUCUGGAGGCUACAGCCAGCAUGUCUGCUGCUGACCGGGCUAAAGCACUUGAGAAGAACAAGGACAUCCAGACAACCCACGAUGAGGUGGCAGCUGAUGGACAGUGCAGGAUAGAGGAAGGCAAAGUGAAUUUUCAUUUCAUUACCUUUGUCAAUGUGAAUGGCCAACUCUAUGAACUGGAUGGGAGAAUGGAGGGAGCGGUGAACCAUGGUGCGACCAAAGAUGGCUCCUUCAUCAUGGAUGCGGCAAAAGUGUGCCGCCAGUUUGUGGAGAGGGAGAAGGACGAGGUGCGUUUCUCUGCCGUAGCCUUGUGCAAGGCCUGAGCCAAGUCCCCUGCUGAGCAACCAAAACAACUCCCCAAAACCAAUCCUAUAGAGCAUACUCAGCCCAGUGCAGCCCAGCACUCCUCCAAGCAUUCUGUUAAUGUCAAUCUGAUGUUUGCUGUUCGUCUUAAUCACUGUGGUCCAAAUCUGAAGGUCUUGGCUUCCUGUUUUUUUUUUGUUUUGUUUUUUUUUUAAAAAUCACUCUUCAAGCUGUCUUAGUAAGGGGAGAGAUUGGAGUAUUGCAUUGCACAAGCGCCUGUAAGGACCGUUGUUUAGGGGUUGGGAAUUUAAGAAAUUGACUGGGUUGUUAUCACAUUAAACUGCCAACUUAUCAAUGAUGGCCUUAGAUCAAAGCAGACUGCUGUGUUAUUUAAAUUAGUUUGCACUUUACUUCAUUGUGAAACAGUUAGGCUUCUAGACUGUCUUAUGUUGCCUUGCACUGAAAUAUCUGCCUGGAAGAUGUGAAUUAUUGAUAUGUUUUGGGCUGGUAGAGAAAGACCAAUGUUGGUGGCAGAGCUGAGUGUGGUGAAGACUCUCACUGCUACAUGCCCAAGCACUUACUGUAUGACUGAAUGCUUGAAUGUGUACUCUGCCAGACUGUUGGUUAUGAAUUCACAGGGAUCUAUCCCUUUUCUUGUGAGUUUCUUUUUGCAGUUUGCUAAAAUAAGUGUUUUUCUCAAUGGGGUGAGGUGGCAAUAAAGGCACAUCAAUGCUUA